UUUCUUUAACGUGAUUACUUCAGGCAUAUCUCAGAGCCUGUUUGAAUAAGUUUAAAAAGACUGCACUUCCGCUAACUUUGGAGUUUAUCACGGCAAUCUCAUUUCCGAAACAGCGGUGUAGGGUUUGCGGAGAUCAAAUCCACACUAUCUUUGGCCGAGAGAGUGUUAGCUUUAGGACUAAGAUACGAGUAAGCCCGGCGUUAAGAAUAAUAAAUUAAAUGCAAUAAGAUAUAUUCUUUUUAAAGGAGUAACCCUAAAAUUUUACUUGCUUCAUUUCCACUUUAUUUACUUUUAAUAAACCCCUGGCUUCAUUUUCCAAUUGGGUGGACAAGAGUCUCACGCGUCAGUUGUUUGUUUUGCUGCAGUUGUUUACCUCCCUAAUUUUAAAAUCGUCCACUUUGUCAACGGUAUCUUGGUGUUAAAGUGCCGUUUUCUGACAAGUUAACCCGGCGGUCGGAUGUGUUCUCGUAUUUGCAUCUAGCAUGAUGAAAACACAACAGAGAUACCCCUGACAAUCUGUUUUCUGGUAGCGAAUCAACCGUUCCGCAAGAUGAGUGUUUGAGCGGCUAAAGGGGGGUUUGCAACAAAAAGGAAAAUUCAACCAUCGCUUCUUAUACUCAUUCGAAAUCUCAGCUCCUCUUAUCUGUAAAUGUGAGUAACCCAUCCAUAUUGGUCAAUGAAUUUCACAGCUACAAACAGUUCUCGAUUUGAGUCCGGCGUGGUUUCCACCACAUCAUCAACAUUGGUUUUCUACAGUGUGUGCCUAUGUGUUAGUGCCUUCGGAGUCAUCGGGAAUGGAUGCGUUAUCUGGCUCAUCACAACUAGGCCAUCGCUGCGGAAUACAACCAACCGACUAAUACUCUCUCUAUCGGUGGCGGAUUUCCUAGUAAGCUUGUGUAUGGCCCCAGCCAGCAUGACUUGCCAUUUUCUGCAAUGUAACCAGGUGUUCUUGGGUAUUGUACACGAAAUGAUGCUUUACUGGUCUGUGAAUAAUCUGUGUGGAGUUACCAUCGAGCGUUACAUAAGCAUUUGCCACCCUCUUAAAUACCCGAUUCUCAUGGCGAAAUCGCGAUCAUUAAUUCUCAUAGCUGGAUGCUGGUUGAUUCCACUGGUGUCCUUUGCCUUGCACUUUCUGUGGUUCUUCUCGGAGUCUUCAAUGUUCUGGUUUAAAAGUUUCACCGCAGUUGAGACGAUUCUUAUGGUCGGAUUGCCUUGUCUUACUUUGGUUAUUCUUUAUGUGAGGAUAUUCAUCGUGGCCCGAAGAUUACAAAAACAGACAGCAAUACAACUAGAAAUUGUUAACUUUAAUGAUGAUUCAUUUGUAAGCGGAAAUCGGAUGAGUAACAAUGAGGUGCGUGUAACUAAAAGCGAAAGUUUAUCAAGCCCAAGUAACUCUUAUAGCCAAGCUUUUAAAUCGAAUAAUUCAAGAGAAGAAGAAAGUCUAGAUCCGAAAAAAUCUUCUGGUACUGAGAAUAAGUCUUUCGAAACUGUCAAAGGUAGUGAAUCUAGGUCGAAGGAAACACCUGCUGUCACGGCAAACAUAAAAGAACUGAGAACGCAAAUCCAAGACAGGAAUUCAAUCAAUUUACACAAGGUUUCAUCCAUCAUAUCCAAGGUUGGAACAGCACACGUUGAAUCAAAAGGCGGCGAAACAAGCCACGAUAAGGCCUACCUCUCCAAAUUAGGAUGUACGAAGUCCGACCAUCUGAACAGCGGUGACGCCAAUGCCGAUGAUAUUCAGAAGCCGUCUAGACAGCAGAAAGGCGCCGCUGUAAAUAUAAGUAGUGUAGGUGGUGUUAGUGAGGCUUGUACUUUAAAUGCCAUUGAAAAUUUCCAUGCAGACGAACACAACACUGACUUUAAUGCGCUCUCUUAUCAAGUGACCAAUGGAGUGGACGUAGUUAGCCUAAGGAGAAUCCGAGAGAAGAACAGGAAACUAGAAGAUAAGGAACCUCACCAUAAGAAGCACGAUUUAUCCCCGAGUGAUGUUAUACGUUCUAAACAGGGUGGUUUAUUACCAGCAAGAAGCAAGCCAAGAAGGCGAUUGGACAAGUUUAAGCAAAUAUUUCGCAUUCCUGGCCGUUCCGGAGUCGCAGCUAUUGGUUCUGUCAUAGCGAUAUUUAUCCUAUGCUGGAGCGUUGCCUUAUAUGGGUCUUUCUGUUAUUACUAUAAUGCAUGCUUACUGACCAGGUCGUUACAGAGGGCUAUAUACUUACUGUGGCAAAUUAACAGUGCUGUUAAUCCUUUAGUGUAUGCUUUACUAAAAACAGACAUGCGCCGGGAAUUACUUAAACUCUGCAACUGUUGGCAGUAACAUCGGACACCAAGAGGCAAUAGUUCAGUAAUUUUCUUCCAAUUUUGUUGGCAACUGACAAUAUUCAUACUAGGGAUAUAAUAUAAAACUGUGCACAAAA